CAGGCGGGCAGCAGCAGCAGCAACAGGGGCAGCAGGCGCAGGGCGUGGGGGGAGAUGCCGGUUGGGAGGCGGUGGUGGUUGGGGGCGAGGUGCCGGUGGAUGAGGAGUACAUGCGCAGGCUGGCAGCAGGGGAGCUGCAGGAAUGGGAGGUGGCGGACCCGCCCACCGGCUGCCGUACCGACGGUCCGCUGCUGCCCGCCUGCGGCCGCUACCAGAUCAGCCGCCGUACCGCCCAGCUGACUCAGCUUCUCCGGGAGCUGCUAGAUGACGCAUGCGGAGGCAGCCGAGCCGUCUGCAGGGCCCUACGCGCCGCCCUCUCCAGCAUCACCCUCAUGGCUCGCACCCUGCCGCCCUUGGCUGCUACUGCUGCUGCCACCACCUCGACCGCCUCCUCCUCCUCUUCUGCAGGAGCAGGAGCAGGAGGGGCAGCAGCGUCGUCGCCGCAGCGGUUGGUUGACGUGUCGGCGGUUCCGCAGUUGGGCCUGAUGGCGGUUAACGACCUGCGUCACUUGGCGGAUGAGCUGCUGCUACUGGCGGCAGCGUAUGGGCCGCGCUUAGCUGCGGCUGCGGGCGAGGAGGAGGCGGAAGCGACGGCGGGGAUGCUGGCGGAUGCGCUGCAGCUGCGGGCGGCGGCGCGGGCAGCCAUGCGGGAGCAGCUGCGGGUGCAGUACGGCAGUCUGGAUGAGAUCCUGGCAGGACUGGAGGGGCUGCGGCAGCUGGGCUUCGCAGAUGCCAAGGUGUUGAUGCGGCAGCGGCGGGUGGUGCAGCAGCUGCUCCACUCGCUCGGCCGGCUGGGGCGGGCGGCGUGCGAGGUGCUGCGCCCCGAGGAGGCGGUGGGGCUGGCGGCAGCAGCUCUGGAGCACACGGCGGAGCAGCUGGUGGCGGCGGUGAUGGCAAAGAGUGACAUGAGCCGGGACGAGUGCGGGGAGGUGGCGGCGCUGCUGGGGCCGCUUGCGGAGGGGGCGGUGCAGGCGUGGCUGGCGGCGGCGCGGGCGGCCGGAGCUGACAUGUCCGGGGUGCCGCUACACGUGGUGGAGAGCGCGAUCACCGCUCGUGCGCACCAGCUCUGCAAGCUGCGUUGUGUGGUUCGGGUGCUAUCAAGCGACUCAAUUGGUGCUAUCAGCACUGCGUGGGAUCACGGCGACCUGGCGGCAAUGACGCCAUCGGAACUGGAACAUCUACUGCUUGCUAUCAGCGAGGAUUCGCCGAGUCGAAGAGCUUUGCUUCAGAAAUUGCGGUAGCUGUAAGGAUUAUAGAGCAAGUGGUAAUUAACUGUCGAGGCCGGUGUAACUGUCAUCCAGGCCAGUGCGUUGGAUAUUCACGGUUGAGAUGCCAGAUGCCGGCAACCUGCGCAUAGGUUUGUUGCUUUCCCUCCGAGUGACAAACAUCUACGUAAACAAAACAAGCUGGGUAUAAUUCUGCCGACCAACAGCCUCAACCAUGCCAUCGUUUCUGGGAGCAAGGAGGCGGUAUAACCUAACGUGGCAGCAAAGGGCAACCGGCGUUGCACUCGCAACUUUUGUGCUAAUCCUCGCACCGACGUUUAGCUUUCUAGUAGAGUUCGACGACGACAGUGUCCGGUUGCAACACUGGAGCCCGCUGCAAACGGUCGCUGUCGGCCUCUUAAAAACAAAUAAUGAAUGGGCUUCCUAUGUCAAGUACAUUCUUCUACCUGGGACGUUCUUCCAGUCAGCAAUAGAAACUCUGGACUCGUGCUUCAUCAACCCCAGCACAACAAGUACAUGCGACUGGAAUUCAAUUACAAACUAUGAAAAGAUGCUUCAACGGGCCAGUUACGAAGACAAGGUAGACGUUUUCGUACAGAAAAUGGGUGAAUACCGGCAGUUUGUCCAGGCAGCGGCUGCCGCGGCUACCGUGUUCUCAAUUACAUCCAUGGUACUGGACGGCACGUUUGGUCUAAUUGUUGGCUAUGCUGGUCUUGCGUAUAUGACUAGCAAGGCAGGGUGCAGCGUGAUGGGAGUUAACAACCUCUGCGUCGCGAUUAUGGUAGGGAUCUACAUAAUGAUGGCGAGGGACACGGCUCCACCAUUACCUAAGCCUGUACCCAGUAAGCAAGUAACAAAAACUAAGGUUCUAUAGGCUUAGAGCGAAAGCCAAGACAAGAUGGUUGUUAGAGCCAGGCCAUUGGAAAGGGUUGUGCUUGCUGGCAGCAGAGAUCUUUGUGCAACGGAGCGUAGGGUACUCGUCUUGGUGCAACCUGUAUUCCGCAUAUGGCGUUGACGCGAGUAAUCAUGGUUGCGGUCGUGCUGAGAUGUGUAAUGCCGUGCAGCAUGCCGAUGGAAUUGUAACAUGACAACCUUGUGUUUGUUGCAAUACAUGAAAUAUUAGAUUGGUACAAUGGCGUUCUUUACUUCACGUAGACGGGCCCGACCGGCAACCCCGGUACAGUACCUGUGCGGCCUUUGCUUUGCGAUGUUUGUGCUCUUCCAGACUCCGUUAUUCACCAUGCCUCUUGAGCGCGAUGGACGAGUAGCUGACAUACCGCUAAGUGCUGCGGAGGUGGCGGCCAUCGGGGUGCUUGCGUACAAUGAAGAUUACGUGUCUGCCACACAGCUUGUGCUUUUGCCGGGCGCUUGGUGGAAGUUGGCUUCCAGGCAGAUCUUUGCCUGCGUGUCUGGGAGCGAAUCGUGUGCGCCAGCUCGCCUUUUAGACGCCCAAGUUCUCCAACAGGCCUGUGACAAGAGGCCCCUCGUUGAGCCAUACUUUAAAGCGGCCGGCCCUGCGGCGGGGAGCCUGGCCUUGUCCAGCGGCAUGCUGCUCGCGUGUGCUGUUGCUAUGCCAGUGGUGCCUGACCUCUUGGUCUCACUGGUGGCGCUGGCGUUGUUCGUCUGGUCUGUGUUUCAAAGCGCCUGCU